CGUGCCUGUAGUGAUACAUUUUGAAUGUUCUUUAAGAACUAACUCAUGAGAACUGGGGACACCAACAUCCUCAUCAUCACUUUCGUCUGACCAACCAUCACUGCUUGAAGAGUCGUCAUCGUCAUCAGAUUUUUCUUGAGAAAUUGGUUCCUUAGAGAUCGUGGUUUUGUAACAAAGUUCGUCCUGUUCUUUGUUACGUUCAAAUUGCUUGAGAAGCAGCUGUGGAUUUUGUUUCACUUGUUGCUUUCCAAAAGACGCAGGAAUAGCCGCUUCCAUUCCAUCAAAUACUUCAGCAUUCUCAUCUGAGGAGCUCAUUCUCAUUUAAAGAGAAAACAACCUAAAACUAAAGAAGCCAACGUUUGCCCAAAAAUUGUGGCUAAUAACGCUGAUGAUGAAAAUUCAGUACGGAUUUCUUGUCGGGAACGUAGAACUCUACCUGCCACCUCUAGUACUCGUACUAAUAGCUCAAUCCGAAUAAAUGGUAGGACCGAUUCACGUUUUGCGCUUCUAUUUUUGAAUGACAAUUUUGUUUUCCUCGUCCUGCAUGGGUAAGAAGUCAUCGUUUGUUGUCCACCAAAAAGUCAUAUUACCGUCCAUUGCUCGAUUGCGUGUAUUGUCUCGUUCGAAAAGAAGGUUAAACAGUUCCUGUUCAUGUUAGCGGUUUCAUGAAUAUCGAUGGGUUGGAGCUGCCCGGAAGGGAACGGCCUCAUGGAGUUACGGUUAUAGAUAUGACGGUGGAGGACGCUCCGCAAAUCUUGGAAUCAAGUACGCAUACUGCUCCUGUUGCAUAUUACGACUUGACGCAAGAACGAGUUUCUCAAAAUGUCAACAGUCUUCCACCCUCACGGCAAGUCGAGACAUCUCAAAACAACGCAGCUCCAAGGUUUCGGGCUAUCAAUCAGCCGUCUGAUAUGGAGCAACAACGGCCGCGGUCGUUCACAUCACGAUUAACGAGCGAACAGGCUCGCAUCCUCCGAGCUAUUCGCUUUCCUAAUUCACGACUUCGACGUACUGCUGCUCCAAAGCCAAAAGAAAAAACUACUACUAGGGCCGCACAUGUUGGUUAUUCGGUAAACAUUCAAAAGGAACUUCCAAUUGUGUGUCCGGCUUGUGAAAAGGAGUUGGUCUCUAAUGAGGAUGUAUCUGUCUUUGCUACUAAGUGUGGGCAUGUCUACUGUUCAAAAUGCGCUGCUCCUUACCGGCGUAAAGCAGGAUCUUGCGUUGUUCCACAUUGUGGAGCUAGAAUAACUCGUAAGGCUAUUUUCCCAUUGUACUUCUAGUAAGUCUACGGGGAAUGUGCAAAGCUUCUACCUCUGAAAAGACGGCGCCAUUCUGAAAAUCGCAAUAUAUUUGCUCACCAUUCCGUUUACGUGAGCAUUCUAACUCAUACUCAAAAUUCGUCAAAUUUUACAGUGUCACAUCACGGCUGUUGUGUUCCUUUCUCCAUCACUCAUCCGAUUAAACAAAUCUCAUUCUCAUUCUCAUUCUCCCUCACUGUUUACCUUUUCAUUUCGGUAUCAAAAAUCUAACUUCCUUCCAGCCAUGUUACAAUAGUCACGGUUCUUAUUACUAUUAUAGAUCUCACCCACCUCCUUAAUGAAGUAUCUUCCUCACAUCAUUGCUUUUCAC